AUGAAGUCGAUAGUACCCAAUGAAUCAUCGCAACUCUCACUAUUCCCAUUGAUUCAAGAUCAAACAAAACAAUUUGAAACGAAUUUAUAUAACAUUGGAUUGUUUAGUGGUAAUCAAAUGAAUAAGAGAAAUGUAUUGUCAUUAUAUAUCGAUAAUAUAGAGAUACACUUUGCAGAGAAGAAAAGAGAUCAUAUACUAUUCACAGCAAGAGAGAUAAUUAUACACGAUAAAUAUGAUUCUAUCAACUCUGAUCAAUCUUUGCUUGGUGAGACAGAACAGAAUCAAGGAAAUCUACAACUAUUCUACUUCUCCAAUCGAUUAAUAUUCAAGAGUGCCAAUGAUUUAGUAUUGCUUUGUAAAAACUCACUUAGUGAAUCAUUAAAAUCAUCUUCACUUUGUUGUCUAUUCGCUACUCAUACUUUUAUGGUUGCCUUUGAAUUUCAACAACAAUUACACCAAAAAGAAGAUGAUAAAUUUUUAUAUACAUUCAUAGAUUGCGCACCACUUUUCAAAGACCAUGCAGAUACAUUCUUCAAAGAGUACAUUGAAAAACAAAAACAAUCGAUUCUCUCCUACUAUGAGAAUUGCAAUGGACUCGACGACACCAAAGACGAUGAAGUAAUGCAAAACACUGAAUCAAACUUUAAGAGAAUGUUAAAUGAAGUUAGUAAACUUGCAACAACAUGGAGGACUGCAUUUACAACCGAAGAUUACCUUAGCUUAGUUGCUUUCUUUGUAAAUAGUAUUUUAUCAAAGUUUAUAGAUAUGUUGUUGGCACUGGAGAAUAUAUCGUCGCUGGAGACAUCGAGAUUGAGUCAACUGUGUUCACAUUUCCUGAUGUUCCAACAAUUGUUCCUCUACCCAGGUGAACCAGAAGAGCUUGCCAAGCCAAGAAUGAAGCUCAUCAAGAAUUGGAAGAAGGUAUGGCAAUUGAACAGAGUACUAGAUCUUACACUAUCGGAAAUAGUAGGUCUCUACAACAAAGGGCUGCUCAGUAGACUAUCUAAUCAAGAGUUAAAGAUGUUGGUAUUAAGUAUAUUCGCUGAAUUCGACUUAAGAACAACAUUCUUGGAGACACUAGAUAAUAAGAUAAAUAGAAUAAAUAAAUAA